GCACGUGUGCCGUUCACGGACCGCCCUGCGCGGACACGUCAGCCGCCACAGCCUCGCAGAGGAGCGACGGACCGACAGCUUGUCCGACCAGUGUGGAGGUUUGUUGACACCCGGAGCAGGCGGUCGGUCUUCGCCUCAUUGGCCCGUGUUUGUAACACCUCCCCCGGGUCGCCCGCCUCGCCGCCCUCUCGCCGCCUGCUGGACUCGAGCUGUUCACAAGAAAGUGUGUCAAGUCAAAUCAAGGUGAACGGAGGCGCGUGCUGCCGUGCACGAUGCCCAGUGUGAGUCGGAGGAGCUGAGGAGACGUCUGCUGCACAGUCGGUCUUCAACAUCAACAGCCAUGACAGGUGACACGGCGGUGUGGAGGGGUCUGACCUGGGUGAAGCAGGCGGCCAGCAGAGCUCCACCAGGUGCCCUGCAGUGCACCGGGAACCACAGGCUGGUCAGCUUCCAUCACGCUGCAGGAUCAGCCAGGGAGACGUUCAGCAAACGGCAACAAGUCCACCGAGUCACAGCGGCUCAGGUUCACAGGUACUCGACGAUGGGAGCUUGUUUCAGCGGCUGCUUCGUUGGAAGUGUAAACGGCGGACAGGGAACCUGCAGCGGAAGAACCAGCUCCAAGACGGUCCACGGGGACUGGACGACCCGGCUGUUCUCCGGACACACGAGGUUGUUCAACCAGGACAACUCGUCCACGGUCGGGCGGCUGACGUCGGCGGACGUCGAUAAAGAAGAAAACGGCAAGAAAACAGACGUGAAGAAACACAAACAAGUGCUCAGUGAAAGAGCCAGAGAGAGGAAGGUGCCCGUCACCCGGAUAGGAAGGCUGGUGAACUUUGGAGGUCUGGCCGUCGGCCUCGGCCUCGGGGCGAUCGCCGAGGUGGCAAAGAAGAGUUUCAAACCUCAACAACAAGGUGAUAAGAAGUCCAUCCUGGACUCGAGUGCGUUCCUCUCCGAAGCCAACGCUGAGAGAAUCGUCCGGACUCUCUGCAAAGUCCGAGGCGCCGCUCUCAAGCUGGGGCAGAUGCUCAGUAUUCAAGACGACGCCUUCAUCAACCCUCAGUUGGCCAAAAUCUUCGAGCGUGUUCGUCAGAGUGCAGACUUCAUGCCCUCUAAGCAGAUGAUGAAAGCCAUCAGCAGCGACCUCGGCCCGAACUGGAGAGACCAGCUGGAGUACUUUGAGGAGAAGCCGUUUGCAGCGGCGUCCAUCGGUCAGGUGCAUUUAGCCCGACUGAAGGACGGCAGAGAGGUCGCCAUGAAGAUUCAGUACCCCGGAGUGGCCAAGAGUAUCGACAGUGACGUGAAUAACAUCAUGACCGCUCUGAGUUUAAGCAACGCGCUGCCUGAAGGUCUGUUUCCUGAACACCUCAUCGAGGUCAUGAGCCGCGAGCUGGCGCUGGAGUGUGAUUACAUACGCGAGGCCAAAUGUGCCAAAAAGUUCCAAGAGCUGCUGAAGGAUCACCCGUUCUUCUAUGUUCCCGAUGUGAUCGACGAGCUGAGCAGCCAGCACGUCCUCACCACAACGCUGGUGCCGGGUUUCCCUCUGGACCAGGCCACCGACCUCUCCCAGGAGCUCAGGAAUGAGAUCUGCGAGCAGAUCUUGAGGUUAUGCUUGAGAGAGCUUUUUGAGUUCCGAUACAUGCAGACCGAUCCAAACUGGUCCAACUUCUUCUUCGACCCGCAAGCUCACAAGGUGGCGCUGUUGGAUUUUGGAGCUACGCGAGGAUUCGAUAAGAGUUUCACCGACACCUACAUCGAGAUAAUUAAUGCGGCUGCCAAUCAGGACAGAGAAGGCGUCCUGCACAGAUCCAGAGACAUGAGGUUCCUCACGGGGUACGAGUCAAAGGCGAUGGAGAACGCCCACGUGGACGCAGUGAUGAUCCUCGGGGAGGCCUUCUCCUCCUCCGAGCCGUUUGACUUCGGCACCCAGAGCACCACGGAGCGGAUCCACAGCCUCAUCCCCGUGAUGCUGAGAGAGCGACUCACGCCGCCUCCCGAGGAGACGUACUCCCUCCACCGCAAGAUGGGCGGCUCCUUCCUCAUCUGCUCCAAACUCAAAGCUAAAAUAGCCUGUAAGAACAUGUUCCAGGACGCCUACGGCAACUACUGGAGGGACGGACGGCCCCAGUCAACAAACUGAAGCUCAAGUUUUCCGGUUAAAAUCAGGGUUUUCUUCGCCUUGUUUGUGGUAUGUUGAACAAUGUAACUCUCACAUUCUUACCGAUGAAGGUGUUUCUGUGCAGCCCCGGGACAGAUCACGUCCCACGUGUUACAAACCUUUCUGUUUUGACCGAAAGCUACGCAAGUUUUGACUCAUCAAGUCAACUGAUGAACAAACAUGAAGAGCCGUCUGUCAGAACAAUGUCAUAUCUGUGUGUUUCCUGUUCCAUCUCAGUCAGGACUAACGUGAACAAAGUUAAUGUGUGAAGAUUAUUUGUAUGUAUUGUUUCGAUGGAUUAGUUGUGCAGAUUGUACAACCUAAUAAUAAUAAUAAUAAUAAUAAUAAUUAUGUGUCCGUAUGGUUUCGAGGAACUGUUUUCCAUCUGACCAGGAUCUGUCAGUUGAAAUAAACUGUUGUUGCAACUGA